AUGGGGUCUUUCGCUCGAUCUUAUGCGUGCGGAUGCCAGGCAGCAAGACCAACCAAGAAGACGGCGUAUAUUGCCCUGGGAAGCAAUCUCGGGGACCGCGUUGCAGAGAUAGAAAAAGCAUGUCAUCUCAUGGACAAGCGCGGCAUUCGCGUCACGAGGACAAGCAGUCUCUACGAGACCGAGCCCAUGUAUGUCAAAGAGCAGGACCGCUUUGUCAAUGGGGCAUGCGAGGUUGAGACCGAUUUGACACCGCUGGAGCUUCUCGACCAGCUCCAGGCCAUCGAGAAUGAGAUGGGUCGCCACAAGGUCAUCGAUAAAGGGCCCCGGAACAUUGACCUUGAUGUCCUCCUUUACGGCGAUGAAACGUUUACGCAUGAGCGCCUCAACAUUCCGCACAUUGGCAUCCGCGAACGUGAAUUCGUCUUGAGACCGUUAGCAGAGAUUGCUGCGUCGAAAUCAUUGGAACCCUCCCGACCAUGGAAGCUCAUCCAGGAUUACCUCAACGAGCUCCCGCGUGGCGAGUCCUUGUCAUCUCUAACACCUCUGUCCCCUUCAUCACCCCCGUUGACGCCGGCACUGCCUCGCAAGACCACCCAGGUCAUGGCGAUUCUGAACCUGACCCCCGACUCGUUCUCCGAUGGGGGACUCCAUGAUCCGCAAUCGCUGGUCGAAACCGUCCGCCGGUUCGUUCGCGACGGGGCGUCCAUCAUCGACAUUGGCGGACAAUCCACUGCACCGAACCGCCCACAAGCGUCGGCAGAAGAGGAGCUGGCGCGCAUCUUGCCGUCGAUCGAGGUCAUUCGCUCCAUGCCGGAAGCUCGAGACCUUGUGAUUAGUAUCGACACCUACCGUGCCUCGGUGGCGGAGAAGGCACUGGCGGCGGGUGCGGAUAUCAUUAAUGAUGUGUCCGCGGGCACACUGGACCCAGACAUGCUGCCCACGGUCGCAAGGCUGGGCAAGACCAUCUGCCUCAUGCACAUGCGCGGGACGCCCGAGACGAUGAAUAAGCUCACCUCCUAUCCCGAUGGUCUGAUUCCCACCUUGGCCUCUGAACUGGCCGCGCGCGUGGCGGCUGCGGAAGCUGCUGGUAUUCGUCGAUGGCGCAUCAUCCUCGACCCGGGUGUCGGCUUCGCCAAGACCAUGGAGCAGAACCUCGAGAUCCUCCGUCGUAUGGACGACUUGCGGCACUGGCCUGGCCUUGAGAACCUGCCUUGGCUCGUGGGGACCAGUCGCAAGAAGUUCAUUGGCAGGGUCACCGGCGUCGACAAGCCCUCGGAGAGGACCUGGGGCACGGCGGCCACGGUGGCGGCGGCGGUCCAGGGAGGCGCGGACGUGGUUCGUGUGCACGAUGUCGCCGAGAUGACCGCCGUGACCAAGAUGGCUGAUGCUAUUUGGAGGCGACUACCUUAG